AUGAAGGGCUUAUCGGGCAGCCGCUCCCAGCACCAGAUUCCUUCACCCCACGUUCUGGACUACGACCCCCACCUACACGACCUUCACACCCACCAUGGCUCUGACUCCCGCCACUCCUCCUACCUGCUCAGUCCCACAGAGAGCUGCCCAAUGGACUUCCAUCACCGCUACUCUCCACGCAGCUCCAUCCACUCUGACUGCAUGAUGAUGUCACCAGUCAUGAUGCCUCCGACUGUUCCCUCCGACCACAUCUCCAGCAGCACCUUCCCCCGAAUGCACUACAGCUCCCAGUACUACGACUCCGCCACGCGGGACGACUGCGCCGCCAUCACAGCCUCUGCCACUUCACCCGCUGUUGCUGCCGCUGCGGCAGCUGCCGCUGCCUCCGCCUCUCACCAUGCUGCGACCAAGAGUAACCGCCUCCCUGCCAACUUGCUGGAUCAGUUUGAGAAACAGCUGCCCCUUCACCGGGAUGGCUUCCACACACUGCAGUACCAGCGGACCUCCACCACCACCGAGCAGCGCAGCGAGAGCCCCGGACGCAUCCGACACCUAGUUCACUCUGUCCAGAAACUCUUCACCAAGUCCCACUCGCUGGAGGGCUCAUCCAAGAUGAACGGCACCAAAGGUGACGUUGGGGGAGGAAUGGGAGGAGGGAGUUUCCAUCACCAUGGCCACCACUCCUCCAAACAUGGCAGCAAGAGGAGCAAGAGCAAAGAGCGCAAGCACCGCUCCGGCGGCUGGUGGAGCUCAGAUGACAACCUGGAUAGUGACAGCACGUACCGCACGCCCAGCGUCAUGUCACGGCACCACGGGGAGCACGCCGCUCACUGCUACCCCGAAUCCAUGCACAGCCACCACUUCGGAGACCUGUCACUCAAGACCUCCAAGAGCAACAAUGAUGUCAAGUGCUCAGCCUGUGAGAGCCUGGCCAUGGCACCUGAGGGCAAAUUCAUGAAGAGGAGCUCCUGGUCAACACUGACUGUCAGCCAGGCCAAGGAGGCAUAUAGGAAGUCUUCACUCAAUCUGGAGAAACCCAUGAUGCACACAGACCUGAAGCCUUCACUACGCUCCUGUCACUACUUGCAGGUACCUCAGGAUGAGUGGGGUGGAUACCCUGGCGAAAAGGACGACGAGAUCCCCUGUCGGCGAAUGCGCAGCAGCAGCUAUGUCAAAGCUAUGGGAGAGGUUGAUGACGAGAGCGGUGACUCAGAUACCAGCCUUAAGACCUCCCCACCGAAGGCUGUCCGGCCUGAUGCCCUCGUCCUCAAGUCAGCCAUGCAGAGACCCCACUUAGACCCUCAAAGCCAGAGCUACCAUUUGCAAACCACAAGAGAUAUGCGGCCCCACCCUAGUGUCACACUGGACCCAGCCACCACCUUCAACCCCCCGCCGUUCCGCUCGCGCAACCAGAGCUACAUGCGCGCCGUCAGCACCCUCAGUCAGGCUAGCUGCGUCAGCCAGGUGAGUGAGACUGAGAUCAAUGGCCAGUUUGAGUCAGUUUGCGAGUCCGUUUUUAGUGAAGUAGAAUCCCAGGCCAUGGAGGCCUUGGACCUGCCUGGUUCGUUCCGCACUCGAAGCCACAGUUACCUCCGUGCAAUUCAGGCUGGUUAUUCCCAAGAUGAUGACUGCUUGCCUUCAAUGACAUCCUCCACUGUCACUUCAACUCUCAGAUCCACAACAGGAAUCCAGUUUCGUCUCCCUACUUCCUGCAGUGUCGACCGAGCACAGCCACCUCCAGCAGUGUCAUAUACCCCCAGUUUCAAGAAGACUCCACCUCCUGUGCCCCCGCGCACCACCACCAAGCCUCUUAUCUCUGUGACAGCCCAGAGCAGCACAGAGUCCACCCAAGAUGCCUACCAGGAGGGCAGGCAUCCACGAGGCGGUCUGUGGACCACGGAUAGCCUUGGACGUGCCAUCUACAACUCCACAGACAGCCUGGACAGCACCAAGGCAGUCUCACUUGCCAUGGAAUCAGCAGCGGGCAAGAGGCAUGCUUCUUUAGGCAGCCACAGUUCAGUCCAAACGUGUGACAAGGCCGUGCUGGUAUCCAAGGCUGAGGAGUACCUCAAAACCCCACGCUCUUCCAUUGGAAUCCAGGUGGAGACUGUGACAGACUCGGAGUCUGAAAGUAGAGGCCUUCCUCAGUUCCAUUCUAUUGGAAUCCAAGUGGAGGAUGAAAAGCGGCAUGGGCGGUUCAAGCGCUCCAACAGCGUGACCACAGCGGUGCAAGCAGACAUGGAGCUCGAGGGCUUUCCUUCCAUGGAGGACAAGGGUCUGCAGUUCGGUGGGGGUUUCGGGCGCCACUCUGAACCCAGCACACCCACACAGUAUGGGGCCAUUCGUACCGUGCGCACCCAGGGCUUGUUCAGCUACAGGGAGGACUACCGGCCUUCGAGUGGGCCCUCCAGCCCCCAGCCUGACCCUUGGCUAGUAGAACCGAGCUUAGAGGGCUCGGAAACAGGACGAGUAUCCCCCCUCCGCAGGGAUGGCAGCUGGUUCAUGCAGCUCCUUCACAAUGAAACCAAGCAAAUGGAGGGAUGGUGUAAAGAGAUGGAGAGAGAAGCAGAAGAACACGACUUGUCAGAGGAGAUCCUAGGGAAAAUUAGGAGCGCGGUGGGCAGUGCACAGCUGCUAAUGUCUCAAAAGUUUCAGCAGUUUUACUGGCUGUGUCAGCAGAAUCUGGACCCCAGUGCCAUGCCCAGACCUACAUCUCAGGACCUGGCUGGAUUCUGGGACCUCUUGCAGCUUUCCAUCGAUGACGUCACUGCCAAGUUCGAUGAGCUGCAGCAGAUCAAGAGCAACCAGUGGCAGCCGGUAGAGAGCCCAGAGAAGAAGGAGCGGAAGUGGCCACCGCCUCUGCCAAAGAGGCCUGCAAAGGGGCGUAGCAGUGUGACCCGGGAGCGCUCUCUGGACCUCCAGGACCGCCAGCGACAGGAAGCCCGCCGACGCCUCAUGGCGGCCAAACGGGCAGCUUCUUUCAGACAGAACUCGGCCACAGAGAGGGCAGACAGUAUUGAGAUAUACAUCCCUGAGGCCCAGACACGGCUUUGA